CGGCAUGGCGCUGACGGAGAGGCGCGCGCUGCUCCAGCACUCGAUCAGAACGCGAAGCGCGCGCGCUUGACUCGGAGGUGAAGGGGAGCCGCUUAACCGGAUGAGGAGCCCAACUUCAGCGCCCCACCUUCAGUCCUGUCGCUCAUCCUGACCUCAGCGCUGCGGCACACACAGAGAGAGAGAGAGAGCGGAUCGGGGAGGAUACUUCUUGACAUUAUUAUUAUUAUUAUUAUUAUUAUUAUUAUUAUUAUUUAGCCAAAGCGCUGUGACCGACCGAAAGUGUUUUACAGACUUCAGUUCCUGAAGGACGUUUGGUUUGCGAAGUCCUCAUUUCGAUCACGCUGCAAAGUUUUUGGUGGAAGCGCAGCGACGUGACGUGACGCGACAAGACGCGACGCGACACGACGCGCGCGCGACUCUGUAAUCAGUCUGUCUGAUGCGUCUGAGUCGGCGGGUUUGUCCCGGUGCUGUCAUGGGGGAGACUAGUAAGCAGACUGCGCGAGGACACCCGGGGUGCGCUGGAUUCUGCGCGCGCAUCGUUUCCGCGCUGUUUCUGCUCGCCGUGUCCGUCAGCAGCGCUCGAGCUCAAGAGGAUGACUACUUGGGAUUGGGCGAGCUUCCCGAGACCUUUCCUUCGGACCCUCCCGAGCCCCUCCCCCACUUCCUGAUGGAGCCCGAGGAGGCCUACAUUGUCAAAAACAAACCAGUCAAUCUCUACUGCAAGGCCACGCCCGCCACGCAGAUCUACUUCAAGUGCAACAGCGAGUGGGUGCCCCAGAAGGAGCACACGGUGGAGGAGCGCGUCGACGAGACCUCCGGUCUGGUGGUGAGGGAGGCGAGUAUCGAGAUCACGCGGCAGCAGGUGGAGGAACUGUUCGGCCUUGAGGAUUUCUGGUGCCAGUGCGUGGCCUGGAGCUCAGCCGGUACCACGAAGAGCCGCAAGGCCCACGUCCGCAUUGCCUAUCUCCGAAAAUCCUUUGACCAAGAGCCUUUGGGGAAAGAGGUGUCUCUCGAACAGGAAGUGCUCCUCCAGUGCCGUCCACCUGAAGGAGUUCCUGCUGCAGAGGUUGAGUGGCUGAAAAACGAAGAGGUCAUCGACCCUGUGGACGAUCGUAACUUUUACAUCACUAUCGACCACAACCUGAUCAUCAAACAGGCUCGUCUAUCAGAUACCGCUAACUACACCUGCGUAGCCAAGAACAUUGUGGCCAAGAGGAGGAGCACCACAGCCACUGUUAUAGUCUAUGUGAACGGAGGCUGGUCGACAUGGACCGAGUGGUCGGUGUGUAACAGCCGCUGUGGGAAAGGCUUCCAGAAGAGAACUCGGAGCUGCACCAACCCAGCGCCCCUCAAUGGGGGAGCCAUAUGUGAAGGCCAAGCCAUUCAGAAACUGGCCUGCAACCCACUAUGUCCAGUGGACGGUUUGUGGACAGAAUGGAGCAAAUGGUCAACGUGUGGGACGGAGUGUACCCACUGGAGGAGCAGAGAGUGCAGCGCGCCAGCUCCAAAAAAUGGCGGAAAGGACUGCGAGGGCAUGGUGCUUCAAUCCAAGAACUGUACCGACGGCCUGUGCAUGCAAAGUUCCCUAUAUCAGAAGUCCUCUGAACCAAAAGGCAAGAGUGAUGAUUAUGGAUAUCCAUCUGCCCCAAGCACAGACAACGUGGCUCUCUACGUGGGCAUCGUCAUCGCCGUAAUCAUGUGCUUGGUCAUCUCGGUCAUCGUGACCCUCAUUGUUUACCGCAAGAACCAUCGCAACUUUGACUCGGACAUCAUCGAUUCCUCGGCUCUCAACGGCGGCUUCCAGCCAGUCAGCAUCAAGACGGCUCGAACAGCCGAUCUCCUGACCGCACCACCUGACCUGACCUCGGCGGCGGCCAUGUACCGCGGUCCGGUCUAUGCCCUCCACGACGUGGCUGACAAAAUCCCCAUGACUAACUCUCCUCUGCUCGACCCGCUGCCCAACCUAAAGAUCAAAGUGUACAACUCGUCAGGCACGGUGACGCCGCAGGACGAGCUUUCCGACUUCUCGUCCAAACUUUCUCCCAAGCUGGCACACUCGCUCAUCGACAGCGACACCAUGGGACGACGUACUCAGAGCCUGGUGCGCUCCCGGGACCCGUCAUGCACCGCCUUUGGCUCGUUCAACUCCCUCGGAGGACACCUCAUCGUGCCCAACUCAGGCGUGAGCUUGUUGGUGCCAGCAGGUGCUAUCCCUCAGGGACGGGUGUACGAGAUGUACGUGACGGUGCACAGGAAGGAGACAAUGAGACCUUCAGUGGAUGAUACUCAGACUGUUCUGAGCCCAGUGGUGAGCUGUGGGCCUCCAGGAGCUCUCCUCACCCGGCCUGUCAUCAUCACCAUGCACCACUGCGCUGAAGCCGACAACGAUGAUUGGCUCAUUCAGCUGAAGAGCCAGUCGCAGCACGGCCAAUGGGAGGACGUAGUGGUGGUAGGGGAGGAGAACUUCACCACACCCUGCUACAUUCAGAUGGACGAGGAGGCGUGUCACAUCCUGACCGAGACACUGGGGACGUACUGCUUAGUGGGUCAGUCGGUGAGCGCAGCCACCACCAAGAGGCUGAAGCUGGCCGUGUUCGGCCCAGUUACCUGCACCGCCCUCGAGUACAACAUCCGCGUGUACUGCCUGGACGACACGCAGGACGCCCUCAAAGAGGUGCUGCAGAUGGAGAAGCAGAUGGGUGGGAAGCUCCUGGACGAACCAAAGACCCUGAACUUUAAGGACAGCACCCACAACCUGCGUUUGUCGCUGCAUGACGUCCCGCACACGCAGUGGAAGAGCAAACUGUUGGCCAAGUACCAGGAGUUGGCGUUUCAGCAGGUAUGGAGCGGUUCUCAGAGGAACCUGCACUGCACCUUCACUCUGGAGCGCUUCAGUGGCGUGACGGUGGAGCUGGCCUGUAAACUGUGUGUGCGCCAGGUGGAGGGCGAGGGCCAGAUCUUCCAGCUCAACACCACGCUGUCAGAGGACUCACAGUGUAUUGAUACGUCUCUGCUGGACCCAGCUAGUAACAUCACCACACUGGUGGGCCCCAACGCCUUCCGUAUCCCUCCAUCCAUCCGGCAGAAGCUGUGCAGUAGCCUGGAUGCCCCUCAAACCCGCGGCAACGACUGGAGGAUGCUAGCACACAAACUCAACCUGGACAGGUACCUGAACUACUUUGCCACCAAGUCCAGUCCAACCGGUGUGAUUUUGGAUUUGUGGGAAGCUCAGCACUUCCCCGACGGCAACCUGAACCGAUUGGCUGCCGUGCUGGAGGAGAUGGGUCGCCAUGAGAACAUUGUACCCAUGGCAACAGAGCACUGAUACCCGUCAGCCACAGAGGAUGACGGAAGGAGUGAUGGGUGAAGAACUGGGGAAGGAGAGCAGAGGACUGGAACACUGCAGCAGGACACACAAACGGUGUCUUUUCCCUUGCACCUCUACGUAGGGGGGAGUCAAGCAGCGACUUUCGUUACCACGGCGUCGUGUACAACGACAAAAAAAAUCUCGAGGACCAGAAUGGAGAAAAUUCAGGACGUAUUGUACUCUAAGCCCUGUCUGUACACUUCCUGAUGCAGUCUAUUUUCUUUUUGGUUCCCGGUUUGUUUCUUUUUUUCUCUCUUUUUUUUUUUUAAACUACUUGUCAAAUCAGUUUCUUAGGAAACGCGUGACUUCUGCUGUCCAGAUAUUGGACCUCGUCCACUUUUUUCUCUGACGUAUAGGAUAAUCAGUAAUAGACAGGGAUUGCUGUGUGUUUAGGCAGAGCCCCAGGUAAGAGGACUCAAAAGCAUCAAAACCUCUCGAGUGCCAUCAACCCGUGUCCGUCCUUAACGCUUUCCCAUUAAAACUGAUAAAUAAAGUUGUUAAAAACGUUCCCUUUAUGAUGAUAUUUAAUAUUGCCUUUAUUUAUACUCAUUUAUUACCAUUUUCCCCCCUUAUCAAUUUUCUACCUUUUUUUAAGAAAACAAAUCCUGUAUUGUCUGCCGUGUUUGAGUUGGGUUUUUUUAUUUUUUUUACAGUGCCACCCAGUGGGCAUUCUCUGCAACUACACUUUUUCAAAAAUAUGCAGCUUGUAAAUAAGCAUUCAAAACCAUUGUACAUGUAAAGUUUAACAGUGUUAUUGUUCUCUGGUUAUUAUUUUCGGAUUAAUUGCAUUCGGUUGCAUUUGCGCUCUGUAUUUAAUCGCAACUUUAACCGAGACAUGAAAAAAAGAAAAAUAGCAGCCAAAUGCUUUUUUUUUUCCCCCCCUUUACUUUUUUUUUUAAAUAACCAAGGUCACACUUUUGAAGGUUUUGUAAACAUUUCUCCACUGUUACUGGGCCUGUGCUUUCUCUUUUAUUCUGCUGGGAGAAAUCUGACCUUGAUGAAGGAAAAUCAGGAAAACAGGCACAGAGAGGAAAAAAGCCACAGACCGGUUACGGAUUUUGUCACAGGUUUUAUCCAAAACCACAUACUAAUGCACUAAACCAUAUCAGAAAGUAUUGUAAUAAUAAUAAUAAUAAUAAUAAUUAAUAAACCGUUGGCUGCAUCCAAAACUACAGAUUUUUAUAAUAAAUAGUAUUGUAGACAGAAUCAGUACACAUUGGCAACGUCCAUAAUACCAGUUGUGGGCAAUAUGUCAAAUAUAUCUCUCUCACACACACACACACACACACACACACACACACACACACAUACAUACUAUAUAUAUAAAUACUUGAAGCCAUUUAUAUGAUACACAAUAAUGUAUCAUAAUAUUUGCCAAGAAAACUACAGCGAAAACAAUUUAAAAAAAAAAAAGUCCUUCAUGCCCUGAAAAUGAAAUUAUUUAACGCUGAAAGGGGGAACGGUAGUAGAUUCUGUUUUAAAUAAAUAAGUAAAAUUUCUCAAUUAAAAAAAAAUAAGUACAGAAUUUUCACAUCAAAUCAGCUGCUACCAACCUGUUUUUAAUUAUUCAAAAAUAUAUAUUUUUAUUGCCAUGUGAUAUCUCAGUAUUAUAUCAUAAUAUUGUCCAAUAUCUAUUAAAAAUAUAUAUAUAAAUAUAUAGUACUUGUAACUAUAGCAACUUUUCAACUGGUUCAUUUCAAUAGUGAAUCCUGUCUGCCAUUUUAUUGUUCUUUAAUUUAGUAUGUGGUUUUUUUACCUUUUUUCCCCCACUUAGUAGUUGGAAAAUUCGGACGUAGCCAGGAGGUGAACUGAAAUGCUGUUUGAUUUUUCAGUUUGCGGUUCAGGAGUCUUCAUCUUCAUGCUGACUCUGUUGGUGUGAUUUAAGCCGAGGCAGAGCUGCUGUACAUUAGAGAGCGGAUUGAUGAGAGUGCAUGUCUCCCUCUACGCAGUGUGUUUUGCAGUCACCGCUGUCUCUUUCUCUAUCUUUUUUUUUUUCCAUUUUCAAUUUUGUUGUCUAAAUUUCUAAAGCUGUCUAUGCAACUUCUGCAUCCUUUCUAAAAAAAAAAUAAAAUAAAAAAUAAACAAAACAAACAAACAAAAAAAAACCCUGAAUUGUACAUGCAUACAAAGCUCUAGCAGUUGCAUUCCAUAGUUCCCAUAGCUCUGGAUUGUUAUAUUUAUAGUGAGGAUGUUACCUAUUCUUUUAUGGCACGUUCAUGAUGUAAUUUGCAAAAACAAAAAACAAAAAAAAAACAAAAA